UUUCACAGAUAGAAACAGAACGGAAAUAAAUGGCGCUGCGAUGUAUAAACAAUCUGGAAAUAUUCUUGAGGCGAUGCACUGCACCCACGUUACACCGCUGCUGUGUGGCCAGCAGCAGAACAGCUCACACGGCCAGCAGCAGCAAAGGCAGCGGCGGCGACAAUAGCAAAGACCAAGAGAAUAAUGGCCAGAAUAAGUCCGGGUACAGAAGGUUUGGCUGGCGUAGUGUUUUUCAGUUCUGUGUGCCCUUCUCCCUGGGUGCUCUAGUCAGUGCCGUACUGAUAGAAGGACAUAGGGACGAACUCACACCAACGAUCUCAGCGCGUUCGCUGAAAGGACGGCGAAAUGAAUUCAACUUCAUCGCUGACGUGGUGGCCGGCUGUGGAGACUCCGUGGUGUACAUUGAGAUUAAGGACACUCGCCACUUCGACUACUUCAGUGGUCAGCCCAUAACAGCGUCCAACGGAUCGGGGUUUGUGAUCGAGCAGAACGGUCUCAUUCUGACCAAUGCCCAUGUGGUCAUCAACAAGCCGCACACGAUGGUGCAGGUGCGGCUGUCGGACGGACGCACCUUUCCCGCCACAAUCGAGGACGUGGACCAGACCUCCGACCUGGCCACGCUGCGCAUUCAUGUCAGCGGCCUGCCCGUGAUGAAGCUCGGCAAAAGCAGCACCCUGCGGUCCGGCGAGUGGGUCGUGGCCCUGGGCAGCCCCCUGGCGCUGAGCAACACGGUUACUGCCGGCGUCAUUAGUGCCACGCAGCGCGCCUCCCAGGAGCUGGGGCUGCGCAACCGCGAUAUCAACUACCUGCAGACGGACGCGGCCAUUACCUUUGGCAACUCUGGGGGGCCGCUGGUGAAUCUGGAUGGCGAGGCCAUUGGCGUCAACUCAAUGAAGGUCACCGCUGGCAUCAGCUUUGCCAUACCCAUCGACUAUGUAAAGGUGUUCCUCGAGCGGGCCGCGGAGCGUCGCAAGAAGGGAUCUGCCCACAAAACGGGAUAUCCGGUCAAGCGAUACAUGGGCAUCACCAUGCUGACCCUCACGCCUGACAUACUGUUCGAGCUGAAGUCCCGCAGUCAGAACAUGCCCAACAAUCUGAUGCACGGCGUGCUGGUCUGGAAGGUCAUUGUGGGCUCACCGGCACACAGUGGCGGUCUGCAACCAGGCGACAUUGUCACCCACAUUAACAAGAAGGAGAUCAAGAACUCCUCGGACGUGUAUGAUGCCCUGGCCGAAGGCAGAAAAGACCUGGAAAUCGUCAUCUUGAGAGGCGUUAAGCAAAUGCAUGUGAAAAUCACACCAGAGGAUCCCUAGGAGACGAUCCUCGUGUGCUUCCUCGGCUCCACCUACCCGACUACUAUUAUCAUUAGUUUUAAUUUAAAUUUGACAUGAUUGUGCUUAAGUGAUUUGCCAUUAUACAAACCGCGCUACCAAACGAA